AUGUCUUCGGAAAAAAGUGAAGAAACCACCGAGAAAAAAUCUUGGCAGAUUCGAAAGAAACAUAUCAUCAUUGCUAUUAUUGCAUUAAUCGUCUUCUACAUUGGUUAUAAAUUUUAUCCAGUCAAAGGCACAGAUGUCAUUCGUAAGAUUAGUAAGAAUAAGAAAAAGGUUUGUGGCAGUGCCAAAGGUGAGAAUCAAAUGUAUUGGAAAAAGUGGCUGAAUGACCCAAAUAAAGUUGAGAUUGGCGAUGUUUUCAGGCCAUGCCCAUCCAGCAAUCAGGAGGUCAUUUGUGACCGAGAGAUAUUGGGUAAAAUUGCCCUUGUAGUGGAUCAAGAAACUGAAAGAUUAAAUGUAACCUAUAGAGCUAAAACCGAACUAGAGUAUGAUAUCACGAAAGCCGGUAUCCACUUAAAAGUUACCAUCGAUGGCCUGUCUGCUGUUGAUAAACAGCUAGAAAUGUGUAAGAUGUCCAAUUUAACUCAUAUUUCCUGUCCUGUCCGAAAAGGACUACUAAAACUUCACGAUAGCUUUGCUUUGCCAAAACUUCUUAUGAAAGGAUCAUAUUCCGCGGAAGCCAGAUUAACAAACCAGCAUGGAGAUGACAUCGCUUGUCUUAAUGUCCAAUUCGAUAUCUAGUUCGAUUUGCUCAGUCAUA